AUGUUGUCCAUACUCUUGUUCGUGUUGUCCACAUUGUUGGCUCUUGCGUCUUCGCAAACGAUAUCCUCCGGGGAUGGCUAUACUGGGUACUCACUGUCUGUGAGUGGCGACGGCGAGUCAACAGUGUACGAGACCGACAAUACCGACACUUCGAACGGAACUGCUGUGACGCCACCGGAUGUCUAUCUGAAUGCCAGUGUAUUCGUCGGAGAGAUCGACAUCACAGUUUCGAAUCUGACAGCAAAAAUCAAUCUUGAUGCUCAAGUUCUUUCGUUGCUGCAAUUCAACGCUGGUGUCGACUUGAGCAUCAAUCGUGUGGCGCUGACCAUUCAAAAUGUGUCGGCCAAGGUCGAACUGGAGGCAAGGCUCGAAAACCUGGUUCUCAUGAUCAACGACACACUCAACUCCAUCGACUUGAACCCAAUUAUUGCAACCUUGGGCCAAGAUGUCGGCACAUUGGUGAACGACACCGUUGGAGGGCUCGGAGGUGACUCGACCUCGGAUUCCAGCGACUUGUCGGCUCGUUCAUUCAACCUCGACCAGGGCAUUCUGUUUUCAGUCAACAACUACCAGGGAAACACCCACAAAAACCGAAUCUUGGAUCAAGCGGGAAACAUAGUCGACCAGUAUCUUCACAAUGAUGGGACGGUUUACCGAAGUGAAAUCGUUGGGUCAUAUUGGCAUGAUAUGACUUUCACUGGAGAAGAGAGAAGUGCUGUCUUUGACGGCGAAAACGUCAAGGAACUCGAAUACUCGUAUACCCCUUACAACGGGUUGAGUAUAAUAGCUUCAAUCUUCCUUGACACGCAGAGCAAUGUGGUGGGAACAAGAGUACUGAGUGAACUAGAGGGUGGUGGAUCAAGCACAAUCAGUGCGGACUGA